GGGAUGUUGUUUGUCGUCAACUGUCUCUCCAUUUGUUGUCGUCUUCCUCUCUGUCUGUCAUCUCUCGAAGCUAUCACUCGUUGGCCACGACUGCGAACCGAUGUCUCUUAGAGUGCAGUCAUCGGUGUUUCUGAGGCCACGACUCAUGUCUUUAUAAACAAAAUUCAUGUCUUUCUCACGAAAUCUCUUCAAUUGACUCGCUUUUGAUCGGCUUUUGGCGCCACUCAUGGGUUGCGUGUAUUCACAGCCGCGACGCUCGCGCUCUUCGGCCAACAGUUCCAAUGCCGACAAUCCGCGCGUCUUUCACGUUUGUAAUGUCGACGAUCGCGGAACUGAAGUGAACUUCGGGAAGAUUGAGAUCACGGACAACGAGUUGGCGCUCCACCAGAAGGGCAGGAACUCCAUCUACUGGUCGCUCAGAUCUCUUCGGCGCUACGGUUUCGACGCCGAACUCUUCAGUUUCGAGUGCGGCCGCAGAUGUCCGACGGGUCCCGCUCUCUCGCCGUCCACCCGAACCCCCACUAACCCCUCUCCGCCCCCCACAGGCAUCUACGCCUUCAAGUGCGCGAACGCCGAGCAACUCUUCAACGCCCUCCAGGAGGCCAUUCAACAGUGCACUUCAACCUCGCAAUACCCGCUCUUCGGCGCCGCCGCAGACCCGACGACGCCGCCCGAAGUGGGGCCGCGCUAUCCCGUGCGCGCGUCCGCCGCCGCCACCGGGACCGCCGCGCCUGCGCACCACUUCUCUUCGGACGCGAACCACGAGUACAUAAACUCUCCGUUUUAUGUGAACACUUCGGUCGCCGCGCAGUCGCACAACGCUUCGUCGCAACCGCUGCCGACCGCGCGCUCUGACGUCAACACGAAUUACGCGAAACUCGACGAUUUGGUUCGCUUUUACGUCAACAUCAAGACUCCAGUCGUCAACCAAUCGCUGCCUCCAAACGGUGCGCUUCAAAGUACGGACAGUGCGUGUUCGCCGCCCCACUCGCCCGCCACGCCGUCGGGCGUCGAACCCGUGAACUACAUUCUGCUGGAUCUCGACCAGAGUCAGAGCACCGGUCAGCCGACUGUCGUGACGACGGCGCCGCCCACUCCCGUCUCCAAGACGCCCACAAUGGAGUGGACUGCCCUGACUGCGGCCGCGACUCCGCCCACAACGCCGACGGGGCCGUCGCCGCCCAUGCCGUACGCGCAGAUCGACUUCGCGAAGACGGUGGCGCUCAGGACUGUCGGACAGUCCACCAGAGACUUCGCCAAAGCGCCCGCUUCUGGCGAGAAGUGAGAGCAGUGGCGGCGCCCAAACGGACGCCAACUGUAAAUACGUGUCGAGUGUUUCGUACGUCUGAUUCGGUAGUCUUCGGCGGCCUUUGCUUCCACUCAUUGGCCGUCGAAUCGUAGACUUUGUAUCGAAAAGUCUUUUCUAUAUUUUCUCUAUAAUUCACUUCAAUUAGAGUUUUAGUGAGUUUUCAAUUAGAGUUUUGUGUAAAUAAUAAAAGACUAUAUAUUUUAGACGCAAACCAAUAGUCAUUAGAUUUUUGGAUCAAUUCUAGACUUAAAGUGCU